UCAUGGCGGACCAAAACAAGCCAGACACCGAGAGGAAGUUAUUCAAUGAAAUUUUAAGUCCAUCUGAGCUGUUUGCAGCCCGGUCCAGAAGUCACAAGAUCCCAAUCAGAGGACAGAAGGACUUCUUUCCCAAUGAUUCAGAUGAGCAAAGACAGCGGCUUGAGCAAAGUCUGAAUGAACACUGGAGCCUCAUAUCAGAGGAGAGAGUGGAAAGGCUAGGAAACCUGGUGAAGGCCAUAUGGAUUCCAAGUGACCAGAUUGUGGAGCUUCAGUCUCCAGCUGGAAAGUUCUGGCAGACGAUGGGCUUUUCUGCAAAUGGCAAACAGUAUGUCCUUCCUGAAGAGGCUCUCUACCUGAUGGAGUGUGGAAACCUGCAGGUGUUUUACAAGGACCUGCCGCUUUCCAUUCAGGAUGGGUUUGAGAGAUUUCUGUCCUCAACCACAGUGAGCCUCCAACAAUAUCAGGUGUUUGGACAUUUGAAGAGACUUGGCUAUGUCGUGCACAGAUUUGAUCCCAGUUGUGAGCCUUCUUCCUACGCCAGACAGCUGAACCUGCCUCAGUCACGUGACCGAGCAGGGAGACAACUUAAGAGGAAACGCAGCCCCAGCCCCACACCAACAUGCAGUUAUACUAAGUUGAAAGAGGAACCCACCUCUGAGAAAAUGGAAGAGGAUAAAUGCUGCCUAGAAGGUGAGGAGGAUAAAAAACUGGCUGCGUCUCCAGAGACUACAGACGUCCAGACUGCCACGACAAGUGCAGCAGAUGAAGGCAGCGGAAGGACCUGGUGGACGACGGAUGUCCUCGGGGACUCGGACAAAGAAUUGCAUUAUAGCUCCACCUCUAGAUCCUCGCGCUGGGACUUCAGCUCCAUCCCUUUCCCUGACCUCGGCUCCAGUGAGCGGCGCCCCAGCUGCUUGGCCCCUCCAGAACCCUCUCUUCUGCCGGGUGAUGUGACCGUGGGAGUCUGUGACGUCGCCUCCUGGAGGAAGAAAAUAAACCUGAGGAAGGUGAAGAUGUCCGCAAAGGAGAAGAGCAGGGAAAAAUCCAACUCCAGGCGGCGGUGGAGUGUUAACAAAGACAAAGAGGUUCGGCGGUGCAGAAACUGGGCGGAGUAUCACGAGCUCCUUGCGAGGCGACAGAGGAGGGGAAAAGGCCGACCAGCACACUUGUGGAACAGGGAAGUUACUCCUUUGCAUGACCCAAGACAACCAAUCCCCACCGCCGAGCUGUUGGAUAAAAUCAGUGUGAUUAAAUCUACACAUCUGCUCGAGGGAGCGUCCAGGUUGAAAGGUUCCGAUGAGUGGAGGAUUUGUUUCAAUGUUUACCAGCCCGACACGGUGGCAGACUUCAAGAAGAGCAACCCGGGGAAACCGUACUCCCGCAUGUGUGUGUGCAGUUUCGACGGCCCUGUGCCUGACCUGCGAGUUCUCAAACUGCUGGCUUUCCAGAGUGGAGACGUCCCAGUGGUCUUUGCUGUGGUGGACCACGGAGACAUAUCCUUCUACACCUUCAAAGACUUCCAGCUACCCACUGAUGUGUUCCCCUGAGACACGUUUAUCUAGGACUUUUACAUACAUUUAUAAAAGCUCUUUUAUGUGCCUGACCAGUGAUUUACAGUGGACGGGUAGAUUUAGUGCCAAAGCUAUUAUUGGAAAAAGUGAUUUUAUCAGCUUUCGUUUUGCAUUUUUUUUCUUUUAUCUGUGGGACCAACAGAUCAUCAUCAGCAUCAUUAUUUUCUGCAAUAAGUGAUGGUUGAAGACUUUAAAAAUCCUCGUGGCAAAUAAAUUGUUGGUAUGGCAGUAGAAAACAAAGUCACAUAAGCAAGUAAAGACCCAGGAACACCAGCUGUUUCCAUAUUUACAUAGUUUUGUAAAACUUUAUUUGCAAAAAAGGUUUGAGAAAAAAAAUGUUGCGCAAAAUAUUACAGAUUUAGGCAGAGUUAAUGAUGCUGUAUAUUUUAUUCUUUAUUUCUUCCAGUUGAUCAAUAGUUUGUCAUGCAGUGAGCUGGGGGAUGCACUUUUGGCACUAGGGGUGUGACAGUAUACCGUUAUAAAUAUUACCGUUAUAUUUUUUAAUGAUAUAUUGAUUUCAUGUGAUUAAUACACAUACAAGAAUACUUUAAAUAAUUCAGCGCUUCUUGCUAUCAGGUUGACACUCCGACUUCGGCACAACAUACAGUACAGUUAUGUUUACAGACUCCUUCUCCGUACAUUUGUAUUUUGAUGAAAAUUUUUUUGUCAAAAAGAGAUCAAAAACACAAUAAAACCUUUUAAAAAGA